GUCGAACUGAAAACUACAACAACAUAAAUCCAUCAUGGCGGCCGCCACACGGCUCAUAUCAAGGUUGACACUGGUUACUGGAGGAGGCAGCGGGAUUGGACGGGCGGUGUCCCAGCGUCUAGCCUCCGAGGGCGCCUCCGUGGUGGUCGCUGACAUCAGCGAGGAGUCAGCUACUGAGACGCUGGAGAGUCUGCAAAGUGACCUCAGAGGGCAGGUUCACAUGGCGGCCACAGCAGAUGUGUCGUCAAAGGAGAGCGUAAAACAGCUGGUGACGAGUAUACAGACUCGCUACUUCCAGCCUCCCUCUGUAUGUGUGCACGCAGCAGGCAUCACGCAGGACGACUUUCUGCUCAACAUGGAGGAGGAACACUUUGACAAAGUCAUCCAGGUUAACCUGAAGGGUUCAUUCUUGGUGACUCAGGCUGUUGCUCAGGCUCUGGUAGCCUGUGGAGCUCCAAAAGGAUCCAUCAUUACUGUGGGCAGCAUUGUGGGGAAGGUUGGAAACCUCGGACAGGCAAAUUAUGCCGCCUCUAAAGCUGGAGUUGAGGGUUUAACCAAGACGGCUGCCAAAGAGCUCAGCAGGUUCGGGAUUCGGUGUAACUGUGUGUUACCAGGUUUCAUUUCAACUCCAAUGACGGACAAAGUACCAGAGAAGGUCAUCAGUAAGUUGACGUCUCUGGUUCCUCUGGGAAGAAUGGGCGAACCUGCAGAGGUGGCUGAUGUUUGUGCCUUUCUAGCUUCAGAUGACUCUCGGUACAUCACCGGAGUCAGUAUCGAAGUGACAGGUGGGCUUUUCAUUGGCUAAAUGAAGCCUGAGUGCAGCGAUGAACAUCAGCAGGAGACCAACGUCUUCGUCAUUAAUUUAGCUGUUUGGUUGUGGUUGUGUUGUACAUGUGCUGUACAGUGUGUUUUUGUACCAAUGAACACAUGAAUAUAAAGUUUUUUUAGGUGAAUGA